AUGAUUAGUUCUUCUCAUAAUCCAAGGGUUGAAAUUAUUGUUGGAAUUGUUGGUGGACUUUUGGGUCUCCUCCUUUUUGGAGGCCUGCUUCUUUACUUGUGGAAGGGCAGGCAUAAGAAACAUAAGCAUGAAGUUUUCGUUGAUGUUGCAGAUGGUUUGAACUUCCUUACGGAACUUCAUUUGAGCAAGUACUAUCACAAUCUUAGCCUUAAUUUCAUAUGUAUUAAAUGGACUACUUGCAAGAUGGAAAAAUAUCCCUAA